UUUUUUUUAUCGACGUUGUCUUUCAAAAGUCUCCCCAAACUUAUUCUAUUCAAUUUGUGAAUUUGAGUAAAUUUCAAAAAUUCUUGUAUUUAAAAUACUUGUAUAAUGAACUGAAAUAUGAAUUAAUUAAAAUAAAUAUCAUUUGAAGUAAAUCAUAGACUACUUCAAACGAUGUUUUACUCUAGCUAACGUUUAGACCAUACUCAAUAUGGACGUUGGUGUAGAUACAGGAACGAAAAAUAAAAGCCCCAUCCCCCGUUUCAAUGCCAUUCAUGGUAUUUUCUAUACCCAUUCCCUCGGAGGGGUCUCAACAAGUUCCUAAACACGUGUAGGUCGGCCUGCGCCCCCGUGCCCACUCCGCGAGCCUCGACUCAUCACGCAUGUCAGCAGGCCCGCGCAACAUGUCCGCGCACCCCGCCAUACAUCCCACAACGUAUUUCAACAAGGAUCAAGUAAUAAAACGUUAUGAUAAAACACUUAUCCGGCCCAAAAGAGAUAUAAGCUGCGAUGAACUUCGCUCCCUUCUCCGGUCACACGCCGGCCGCGUCCCAGAUCCCGACGAUCCACCAGUUCGCAGCGAAGUUCGGUUAUGAAGGCAGCGGUAGCACAAGCAGCAGUGUGGUGCAAGAAACGAGAUACCAGGCCACCGGGAGUAAUGUCCAGUUCGCUGUUACGCCGUCGAGUGGAGUCACUGUGGACGGCGUGAAGUUCAGACAGGCCGAGAGUGUUGUAGUUGUCAGCAACUCUCAGCCAGGAUCUGUUACACUAGCUGGUAUACCGCCCAUACAUUCUGUCAAUGCGGGUGUGAAAUACCAGAGUAUAACAGCAACUUCGUCAACUGUGAACGUUGGUAACAUCGCGUAUGGAGGGACUGGUCAAGUGGGGUACGUUCAGGAGACGGUGUUAAAGGGGGAGCAGAGGGACAAGAGAGAGUACAGAGAGGAACACCAUGAUAUCAUGACUUCUAUGCUGCAGCAACAUCAAGUGAGUCAAGCGCCUCUGCAGCAGGGCACACAGCAAUUGGUGGUAGUCCUGCACGAGCCCAAGGAGGGCGCAGCACUAGCUCGGGCCAUCAAGCAGGAGGGACGGAACCAACGUGAAUUCUCCAAUGUACCCACGGAGUUUAUUAGUAUAGGUGAAGUGGAAGGGACAUGGCUGGGAGGCGGCGUGGCGGACUACCUCUCAGCACUGCCGUUACCUCUGCACCAUCUGCUGAAGUACUCCGACAAACGCGAGGAACCAACCAUAGUCACCGUAACGAAUUCACUCCCUCCUAUGUCUACUCUUACUUCGGUGCCAACUAACGUCGUGAACAGUGUGGUCGUGCAAACAGCUACGAUUGUGAGUCCUGUUAUAAAUGCCACAGUUAGUUCCAACAUCAAUGUGAAUGCCAUUACGAUGGCCAAGAAAAAGAAGAAGAAGAAAGCUCUCAAGGAGAAGAAGCCGAGACCAAAACCCGGUGAAAUACGAUUGACGACUGCUCUAGAUGGAAGUACUCUUUAUUGCUGCCCGGAGUGUCAUAUGGCAUAUCCUGAACGCGGUCUUCUGGAUCAACAUCUCGUGGGCCACACGAUGGAAAGAAGAUUUAUUUGCGACAUAUGCAACGCGGCACUCAAACGUAAGGAUCAUUUGACGAGACACAAGCAGUCUCACAACCCUGAACGACCUCACGUUUGCUCCGUGUGUCUGAAGGCCUUCAAACGCAAGGAACAGCUCACGCUUCACUUUAUAAUACACUCGGGAGAGAAGAGACACGUGUGCAACGAGUGUGGGAAAGGUUUCUAUCGCAAGGAUCAUCUCCGCAAGCACACACGCUCGCACAUCGCGCGACGAGUCAAAGCCGAACUUUCUCAACAGUCGAACACGCCACCGCUCUCACAGACGGUACCAGCCCCGGCGUUAGAGCCCUCUUGACCCAGCGACGAAAAGAACGACCUAUUGUCCCUCAUAGCGGCCGCUAAGGACGGUUUCUGACUCUGAAUCAGUGAUAUUUUAAAAAUAAUACAGAUCGUCUUUAUUCCAUAAAAUUUUAUUAGAAUAAAUCCAGGCUUCAUAGAAUCUCCGACCGCAGAACCCUCCCAAGGCGCGUUCGACUUGUGUGUACAUAAUGAAAGUUGAAUUACGUUUUGGGAUUCGGAUGUUGAUAUUUCUUGAGAGGAAAUGUAUGUGAUACCGUUAAAUAUUGUAUUAUAUGUACAUAUACGUUAUAUACAGUUCUUGCAGCGUUUCCGUUAUCCAAGGAGGCUUUAUGUGAUCAAAUGUUUUAUAUUUAAAAUUAUAUUGUUGAUUGUGAUUGACUUUCUCGUUGUUUUUCAAUUGUUGCGUUAUUAUUAUUUAUAUGUUGUUGUAUAUUUUUUUUUACUUGAAGAUCUAUUUGAAUUGUAUUUUAUUUUAUAGAUCUUAAAUUAAUAUGACACGUGUCUUUCGAAGUCUGUCUCCUUGUCGCAUGUAAAUGUUCGUCUAUCGACUGUAAUGAAUUUUGUAGAUAUUCAUAUUACAAACACUACAAAGUACAAAGAUGUUAGUCACUUCGAUGUUUAUGAUGUAACUGAUACGUAACUUUGUAAAACUAAUUUAAACAGAUAAAAAGGUGUAAUUUUUCAAACGUAGAAAUAUUUAUUCCUUCUAUGAAGUAAAAUUUUCGAUAUUGAAUUGUAAUAAAUUUUUUGUUGUUUAGGAAAAUUAUUGAAAAAAAAAAUAUUAUAUUAACAUGUAAAAAAUUGUUAUUAAGCGACUGAAUUUUGUUGAAUAAAAAAAAAAUAAACAUUUCUAAAAUGUAUGAAUUAGUUGAAUAGGAGCUUCCAUUUAUUGC